AUGGCAUCUAGUGCGGAACUCAAUCAAAUUGGAGAGCAUCCAGAUGGCGACUCAGACAUCAACUCCGUGAUUGACAGCCAGCUCACAUCAGCACUUUCAGACACGGGAACUUGGGCUAAGUCACACUGGGAAGUUUUAGAGAUGCUGGCGGAUUACGUCCCCCUCGGAGCACAGGACGACACUACCAAAGUCCUUCGUCUUUUCGCGAGCAAACUCCCAGUCAAUGGACAGCUUAUCCUGCUCUCCGAGAUCAAGCGACACCAGAGCCAACCAGUCAGACUGAGACAGCUUCGUGACUUCCUGGCCCAAGCUAUCUUGAUGCCUCUCAAAACUUGUUCGAAGCGCAAAAGCGAAGACAUCGUAUCGCCAGUGUCUGCUUCGGGGUCCGACACAGACCGUCCAGAUUCACUCCAUUGGCAGCUCGACUCAUCUAACCGUGGUUCAAAGUUAAGGCGGGACUGUCUCCGCCGGGAUGGAGGCCAAUGUGUUGUCACGAAGAUCUUUGACAGAAGCUGGGUGGAGAAGAACUUCUCUAGCCAGAUGAUGCCCCAAGGCCGCAUAGCCAUCUUGGAGUGCGCUCACAUCAUCCCGUUCUCGAUUAGUGAUUUUGAUGAUCGGAGGUCGAUGCAGAUUCGUACGAAGGCAAAGAUUUGGUGGGCGCUGUGGAGAUACUUCCCAGAUCUCAAAGGGAAGAUCGGCCCCGACACCGUCAAUCAGACGGGGAACGCAUUUACAAUGUUUGGCGAGGUCCAUAACGAUUUCGGGGGUUUUGAUUUCGGGUUCGAGCAGCAAUAUGGUUCGACUACGAAAUACAACAUUCGCUGGUUUUGCGGAUGGAAUCCCGCCUACAGCAUGUUCAAGAACUACCCCGAAUCAGUAGAAUUCACUUCUACGGACCCCAGAGUCGCGCUGCCAGACCCAGUCUUCUUAGACGUGCAUUGUCGCGUGGGCGAGAUACUUAAUGAGUUCAAGCUCCAAAGACUCUCACUGGAAUUAGUUAGUCACAUGAAGUUCUAG